UGCAUCAAAUCCUAGUGCUAGAGUUUUGUUUAUCUCAGUAUUUUACACUCAAAGUUCUAUUCUUUCCCCCAAAAACCCAAUCUUUCCUUAUCUUUGUUUCUGCAAAAAAAACUGAAUAUUUUUUUCAACAAUCUAAUACCCAAAUUUGUUUCCUUGUGUUCUUGGUUCUGAAACUCCCAUUUCAGAGAGACUUGUACAUAUUUAGUUGCAGAGAAUUCUAAGGAGAAAGGGAUUGUGUCAUUUCUUGGAGAGCAAUCCCCAGAGAAAGAGGUUGGCAAAGGGAAGAAGAACCCAGAAACCAAAAAAAAAGAAGAAGAAAAGAGAAAAGAUAUGAGGUUAAAGGGGGAACACUUUGAUGCAGAAGGUGAGGAGGAAGAAGAGCAGAAGCUUGUUGUUGGGUAUGCUUUGACAUUGAAGAAGAAAAAGAGUUUCUUGCAACCAGAGUUUGAGCGCUUGGCAUGCAAAAAGGGGAUAUCGUUCGUCGCCAUCGAUGUGAACCGACCACUGUCGGAUCAGGGUCCUUUUGACAUUAUUUUACACAAGUUGUCGGGGAAGGAGUGGAUCGAUAUUGUCGAGGAUUACCGACAAACACAUCCAGAAGUAGCUGUUAUUGAUCCUCCAGAUGCUAUACAGCAUGUAUACAAUCGCCACUCAAUGCUCCAGAAUGUGGUUGAUUUAAACUUGUCAGACUUCUAUGGGAGAGUUUGUGUUCCGAGACAAAUGGUUAUCAUGAAAGAUCCACUAUCCAUCCCCGAUGAAGUUGCUAAAGCUGGCUUUAAGUUACCUUCAGUUGCUAAACCGCUACUAGUGGAUGGAAGUGCCAAGUCCCACGAGCUGUUUCUUUUGUAUGAUUGGUCCUCUCUGUCUAAACUCGAGCCUCCAUUGGUUCCAGAGUUUGUGAACCAUGGCGGUAUUCUUUUUAAAAUUUACAUAGUUGGGGAUGCCAUUAAGGUCGUAAGGCGGUUUUCUCUUCCCAACGUCACCAAAUGUCAGCUUGCAAAAGUUCCUGGUAUUUUUCCUUUUCCGCGGGUUUCAUCGGCUGCUGCUUCUGCUGAUGAUGCAGAUUUGGACCCUCACAUUGCUGAACUUCCUCCUCUGCCAUUGCUGGAGAGACUUUCAAAGGAGCUCCGUCACCGGCUGGGUCUUCGAUUGUUCAAUAUAGAUAUGAUCCGGGAGCAUGGGACAAGAGACAUCUUUUAUGUAAUCGACAUUAACUACUUCCCUGGGUACGGCAAAAUACCAGAUUAUGAGGCCAUUUUUACGGAUUUUCUGCUGACUUUCAUGAAGAGCAAGUACAGGAAGCUCGUGAAUUAGUUGAUAACUAGUUUCGAAACAAACAUUUAUCAUACAAGAAGUACCGACUCAAAGUGUGGCUCGGAGUAUGGAUGAACUGACAAAAACUGAAAAUAGUUUUUAACCUCCAUAGUUACUGACUGGUACGAUUGUCCUUUGCUCAAGUCACUAAUGUGUAUGUAUGGGUGCUUUUAGUUGCCAUUAAAUUUUGAUAUAAAGCAAAUUACAGGCUGCUGAAUCAGUUCUC